AUGACUCCCUGGAAGAGGGCAGCUCAGCUGUCGGCAAAAGGGCGAAGUCUAGCAACAGCAGCAUCCUCCCAGCAUGGAGAUGGGUCAAGCAGCCGGACCUGGAAGAUCUUGACCUUUGUGGUGGCGUUUCCUGGAGUGGCCGUGUGCAUGCUGAACGCCUGGCUGCAAAAGCAGAACCAUCCACAAGAACGGCCCGAGUUCAUCCCCUAUCACCACCUGCGUAUCCGAACAAAGCCCUUCCCGUGGGGUGAUGGAAAUCACACUCUUUUCCAUAAUCCUCACGUCAACCCACUGCCAACAGGCUAUGAAGAGGACGGUGGCCACCACUGAACCACUGACCUUUGCUCUUUC